AUGAUUAAAUGCCAAACAUCUGAGGCAGAAUAUUUGAGAGUUGUGUCUUAAGAUGAUCAAAUUACUUUAGUGAAAAUAGAAUCAAAGACAAUGAAAUUAAAUAACAAGCCACUUCAAUGUUAUUUGAUCUUUAAUUACAGGCUGUACACUUAUUACUACGAUAGCACUUAAGAUUGCUUUUUGCCUAUAUAAUUUGCGUUAAGUUAAUUGACUAAUUAAUAAAUCUACUAAUAGUAUGGGCUUGGCAUUUCAAGUGAUCAAAAAUACCAAGAGCUAAUUUCAAUUUAUGGAUAGAAUAACACAGAAAUACCUGAAAAACCAACAAUGAAAAUAUUUAUAGAUGAAGUUCUUUCUCCUUUCUACAUUUUCUAAGUCUUUAGCAUUAUUAUAUGGAUACUUUUACCAUAUUAUUACUACUCUGCCAUUCUUUUUACAAUAUCUGCUCUAUAAUGCAUUUUCACUCUAAUUGAAACAAAGAAUAAUAACAAAAAGCUAAGAGAAAUGAGUUUCUUUGAAACUUAAGUUUUUGUGUAUAGAGGAGUUUCCCAAUAUAUUAAACUAGAUGGAGGAUAUGUUAUUGACAGAAAAAUUUCAAAUUACAAGCAAAAGAUAAGCUCAUUAAAUUUAGUUCCUGGAGAUCUAAUUGAAAUUCCUGAUGGUUAGAUACUUCCUUGUGAUGUAAUUCUUAUGAAUGGUACAAGCGUAAUGAACGAAUCUAUGCUUACUGGAGAGUCUAUUCCUGUAAUUAAAUCAGCACUACCUUUUAGUAGUAAUUAAUAUCAUCCAAAUGAAGAUGGAAAAUAGUCUACUCUAUUUGCUGGAACUAAAUGCAUUGAAACAAGAUACCACUUAAAGGGAUCCAUACCUAUACUGGGGUUGGUAAGCUCAACUAGCUUUAAUACGAUGAAAGGUUAACUGGUCAGAUCUAUUUUAUAUCCUAAACAAAAUUCCUUCUCUUUUUAUGUUGAUUCAUUGAAAUUUAUUGCAGUUCUUGCUUUCAUUUCACUUUUAGGUUUCUUUUUUUCAAUUCCUUUUAUGAUUAGAGGCUACAACUUAAAUUUUCUUGAGGUUAGAGAUUUAAUUUUGGGCAGUGUCAAUUUGGUUACAAUUACUGUUCCUCCUGCUUUACCUACUUGCUUAUCAAUAGGUAUCUCUUUUGCUAUUUCAAGAUUAAAAAAGCAAAAAAUAUAUUGCAUUUCACCACCAAAGGUAAACAUUAGUGGUAAAGUUACGAUUAUGUGUUUUGAUAAGACAGGAACACUUACUGAGGAAGGUCUUGAUAUGUAUGGUUUAAGAUCAGUUGUGUAUUAAGGGCCUAAUAGAGUUAACUUUGCAAAACUUGAAGAAGAUACUUACAAACUUGGAAUGAAUAAAAUAUUAAAACUAAAUGGCUAUCCCGAAUAAGAGCAUUUAUAUGGAGAAGGAAAUCCCUAUUCUAUAAUAGGAGAUCCUGAUCUAAUUUUAAAAGAAUGCAUGGCUAGUUGUCAUGGUAUAACUCGAGUUAAAGGCGAGCUAAUUGGAGAUCCUUUAGAGGUAAAGAUGUUCGAAGCUACUGAAUGGGAAUUGAUAGAAUAGAAUUUGAGUUUUUAUUCAGAACUUGUUUUAGCUGUUGUAAAAUCAAAAAAAAUGGAUAUAUCAGAAUAAUACAAAACUUCAUAACCAUUAAAUUAGAUGAAUUAAACAUAAAUUAAGUUAGGUAUUGUAAAAAGAUUUGAAUUCUCCUCAAAGCUUUAAAGAAUGAGCACUAUUGUAAAGAAUUUAGAUUUUAAUACUGACUUUUACAAGUUGUAUGUCAAGGGUUCUCCUGAAAAAAUUUUUGAACUGAGCAAGCCUUCUUCUAUUCCUUAAAAUUUUAAUGAAAUUCUUGAUUUUUAUGCCAGAAAGGGAUUUAGAGUACUUGCUUUUGGAGUUAAAAUACUUAAAAUGAAUUAGCACUAAAUUCAAAAGUUAGAAAGAGAUGAGAUAGAAAAUAAUUUGACAUUUGCUGGGCUGUUAAUUAUGGAAAACAAGCUAAAGCCUAUUACUAAAUCAAUAAUUGAAGAUCUUCAGGAUGCAAAUGUCCGUACAAUAAUGGUUACAGGUGAUAAUGCACUUACAGCUAUCAGUGUUGGAAGAUAAUGUAAGAUUUUAGAUGAGAAAAAUAGAGUUUACUUUGGUGAUUUAAGUGAUGAUCCAGCUCAAAAAGGCAAAAUUGUUUGGAGAGAUUUUGAAAACAGUUAAAAGCAUCUAAAAGAAGAUGAUUUACAACCAGAAAAUGGACUGAUAAAAUAUUAAGAUAAUUAAAUUCCAGAAAUUUAAGAAGAGAUAGCCAUCAUAUAGUAUGCUUAAAAGUUAGAGAGUGUUGAUAGAAGAAUUUCUAUGAUGUAAUAAAAUUAACGAAAAAAAACAGAUAGUAUAAAUUAGCCUUUAGUUUCUUUGUAAAGUUCUAAAAUUUACAGAGAAAGAGCUAAAACUCAAAUAAAUGAGCAAGAAGAUAAAUAAACUAAAGAUUAGACAAUAAUAAAAGUUGAAAUUAAUACACAGAAAAAAUUAAAUAAAAUGAGUGAAAUUUCAUAAGCUUCAGAGAGCAAUUGCUCCACAUAUAGUGAAGACUUAGACACUAAUUAAAAAAUUCAAGAAGAAUAAGCAAUAGCUGCUCUAAAUGACGAUAUUAAUGAUUUUAUUCCUUGGAAUAACUCAUAAGAUGGCUAUACUUUAGCAAUAACUGGAAGGGCUUUCUCAAAGAUUAUAAGUUAAUCUACUUAAAGCGAUGAAAAGGCUCAGCUCUUAAGAACUAUGCUGCUUAAAACAUAAAUCUUUGCUAGAAUGAGACCAGAGGAAAAAUCUCUUCUACUAUAAUAGUUAUAGGAUUUACCAUGGAAGCCAACAUGUGGUAUGUGUGGUGAUGGCGCAAAUGACUGUGGAGCUUUAAAAACUGCAGAUAUGGGAAUUUCUUUGUCAGAAGCUGAAGCUUCAAUAGCUGCACCAUUUACAUCUAAAAUACAAGAUAUUUCUUGUGUGGUAGAGUUACUCAGAGAAGGGAGAGCUGCACUUGUUACAAGUUUCUCAUGUUUUAAGUUCAUGGCUUUAUACUCUAUGAUAUAAUUCUUUACUACGAUUAUUUUAUAUACUGUUAACACAUUACCAGGAGAUAUGCAGUUCUUGUAUUGGGAUCUUUUUACUGUUUUUCCACUGGCUUUGCUUAUGGGGCAUACUGAAGCUAGUCAAAAACUAUCUAAAUAAGUUCCUGGUUCAAAUCUUAUUUCGUUUCCAGUGCUUUGUUCUGUGAUUGGGAUGACAAUUUUAAAUGCAGGAUUUUAAGUAAUUAUGUUCCUCAUUCUUAGAGCUUAAAGCUGGUAUAUAUCUGUUUAUGAUACUCAUAUAUAUCUAAAUGAUUUAGACGACCCAAGUAAUCGCAAAAAUUGCUAUGAAUCAACAGUUUUGUUUUUAUUUGUCAACUUCUAGUAUAUUUCUACUUGUAUAGCAUUUUCAAUAGGUAAACCUUUCAAGAAAGAGUUUUAUACAAAUUUAUUUUUCUCUGUUUCUCUCGGUUUAAUCGUUUCACUCUCUUUAUAUGUGCUGCUUUUACAUGACAGCUUUACCACUGACUUCUUCAGCAUUUUUGAGGAAGUUAAACUUGAUGAUCAAGAACCUAUAUCAGAAAUGCCUUAUGUCUUCCUUUUAAUAAUAUUAGCAGUAGCUUGUGUUAACUCAGCAAUUAACAUUGCUUAUGAAAAAUAUGUUGUGGUAAAACUAGCUGUUGCUUAUAAAAGUAGAAAAGAUAAAAAAAGAAACCCAGCAUUAUUGGAUCCUCAAUAGAAAAUUAAAUCUUGA